CGAACCGGAGAGCUUCGUCCUAAGAGGAGCGAAGGCGGCAAAAUGGCGGACCGCUUCUCCCGCUUCAACGAGGACCGAGACUUUCAGGGUAAUCACUUUGAUCAGUAUGAAGAAGGACAUUUGGAAAUUGAACAAGCAUCACUUGACAAGCCUAUAGAAUCGGAUAAUAUUGGACAUCGCUUACUCCAGAAACAUGGGUGGAAGCUGGGCCAGGGAUUGGGAAAAUCUCUUCAGGGGAGAACGGAUCCCAUUCCGAUUGUUGUCAAGUAUGAUGUCAUGGGCAUGGGUCGCAUGGAAAUGGAGCUCGAUUAUGCUGAAGAUGCUACCGAACGGCGCCGUGUCCUAGAAGUAGAAAAAGAAGACACAGAAGAAUUGAGACAGAAGUACAAGGAUUAUGUUGACAAAGAGAAGGCCAUUGCCAAAGCAUUGGAAGACCUCAGAGCCAACUUUUACUGUGAACUCUGUGAUAAGCAAUAUCAGAAACAUCAGGAAUUUGACAACCAUAUCAACUCCUAUGAUCAUGCACACAAGCAGAGAUUGAAAGAUCUCAAGCAGAGAGAGUUUGCUCGAAAUGUCUCUUCAAGAUCCCGCAAAGAUGAGAAGAAACAGGAAAAAGCACUUCGGCGGCUCCAUGAAUUGGCUGAGCAAAGGAAACAAGCUGAAUGUGCACCUGGAAGUGGUCCCAUGUUCAGACCAACCACGGUGGCUGUAGAUGAAGAAGGUGGAGAUGAUGAUAAAGAUGAAUCAGCUACAAACAGUGGCACAAGUGCCAUGGCCACUUGUGGCCUGGGAUCUGAAUUCUCCACCGAUAAAGGAGGCCCUUUCACUGCAGUACAAAGCACCAAUACCACUGGCCUGUCACAGGCUCCUGGGUUAGCUUCCCAGGGCAUCAGCUUUGGCAUUAAGAAUAAUCAAGGAACCGCACUGCAAAAAUUGGGAGUGUCAUUUUCCUUUGCCAAGAAGGCUCCUGUCAAACUCGAAUCAAUAGCAUCAGUUUUCAAGGACCACGCAGAGGAAGGACCGUCUGAAGAUGGAGCCAAAGCUGAUGAGAAAGGUUCUGACCAAGGACUGCAGAAGGUGGGAGAAUCUGAUGGUGGUAGUAAUCUUGAUGGCAAAAAAGAGGAUGAAGACCCUCAGGAUGGAGGGUCCCUAGCCUCGACAUUAUCUAAGUUAAAAAGAAUGAAGCGAGAAGAAGGAGCUGGGGCUGCAGAACCAGAGUAUUACCACUACAUUCCCCCAGCACACUGCAAAGUAAAACCAAAUUUCCCCUUCCUACUCUUUAUGAGAGCCAGUGAACAGAUGGAAGGUGAUAAUAGCAUGCACCCCAAGAAUGCCCUAGAGAGCAAAAAAAGCAGUUCUCCCAAGCCUAAAGGCUGUAUCAAGGUGACAGCAAGCCAAGGGGCAGAAAAGACGGUUGAGGAAAUCUCCGAGCAACAGACGGAAACCAGUGCUGCAGAGCCCUCAGAGCCUGGAGGCAAAGCUGAGACAAAGAAGAUCUCAGGAGAGGAUGUAAGUGAGCAGAGUUUAGAGAGUCCAUGUCAGAAAGCUUCAGAGAAUCAAAUGUGUGAGUCUAACCCCUCUAAAGAAACCUCUCAGAUCACCCCAGCAGGGAAAGAAAGUCAGGAGGGACCCAAACAUCCUACUGGUCCCUUCUUUCCAGUUUUGAGCAAAGAUGAAAGCACUGCCCUCCAGUGGCCAUCGGAACUCUUAAUUUUUACCAAGGCAGAACCCUCCAUUUCAUACAGUUGUAACCCUUUAUACUUUGACUUUAAACUUUCAAGGAACAAAGAUGCCAGAGCUAAAGGGACCGAAAAACCAAAGGACAUAGGAGGCUCCUCAAAGGACCAUCUCCAAGGCCUUGAUGCUGGUGAGCCAAAUAAAAGCAAAGAGGGUGGAGAGAAUGUAGAACAUUCCUCACGAGGCAGAAUGGAUGCUCCUGCUUCUGAGUCGGCCUGUAGCAGUUUGAACAAGCAGGAACCUGGGGGCAGCCAUGGGUCAGAGACAGAGGACACAGGGAGAAGCCUUCCUAGCAAGAAAGAACGAUCUGGGAAGUCCCACCGACACAAAAAGAAAAAGAAACACAAAAAAUCCAGCAAACACAAACGGAAACAUAAGGCUGACCCAGAAGAGAAAAGCUCUAAGACAGAGUCUGGGGAGAAGUCUAAGAAGCGCAAGAAACGAAAACGAAAGAAGAAUAAGUCAUCAGCCCCUGCAGAUUCUGAACGGGGACCCAAACCAGAACCCCCUGGGAGUGGCAGCCCUGCACCCCCCAGACGGCGGCGGCGAGCUCAAGAUGAUUCCCAGCGAAGAUCCCUCCCAGCCGAAGAAGGGAGCAGCGGCAAGAAGGACGAAGGCGGAGGCGGUGGCAGCUCCCAAGAUCAUGGUGGGCGGAAACACAAAGGUGAGCCUCUGACCUCAUCCUGCCAGCGAAGAGCUAGCACCAAACGGAGCAGCCGGUCCAGCCACCGAAGUCGACCCAGUAGUGGAGAUGAGGACAGUGACGAUGCUUCAUCACACCAGCUGCACCAGAAGUCUCCAUCCCAGUACAGUGAGGAGGAGGAGGAGGAGGACUCGGGCAGUGAGCACUCCCGGAGCCGCUCCCGGUCAGGCCGGCGCCAUUCCUCACACCGUUCCUCCCAGCGUUCUUACUCCAGUAGCUCCGAUGCUUCUUCAGACCAGAGCUGCUAUAGCAGACAGCGCAGUUACUCCGAUGACAGCUACAGUGACUAUAGUGACCGAUCUCGAAGGCACUCCAAGCGCUCCCAUGACUCUGAUGACUCAGACUAUGCCAGCUCCAAGCACCGGUCCAAACGGCACAAAUACUCCUCUUCUGAUGAUGACUAUAGCCUCAGUUGCAGCCAGUCCCGAAGCCGGUCUCGGAGUCAUACCAGGGAGCGCUCAAGGUCCCGGGGCCGCAGCCGCAGCAGUAGCUGUAGUCGCAGCCGGAGCAAACGGAGAAGCCGCAGCACCACAGCCCACAGCUGGCAGCGGAGCCGAAGCUAUAGCCGUGACCGCAGUCGCAGCACCAGGAGCCCUUCCCAGAGAUCAGGUUCCAGGAAGGGAUCAUGGGGUCACGAGAGCCCUGAGGAGAGGCGUUCUGGUCGUCGAGACUUCAUCCGCUCUAAAAUCUACCGCUCCCAGUCUCCCCACUAUUUCCGAUCAGGCCGGGGAGAAGGUCCUGGGAAGAAAGAAGAUGGCAGAGGAGACGAUGGUAAAGGGACAGGCCCGCCCUCCCAGAACAGCAACGCUGGUGCCGGAAGGGGGUCAGAAGGUGACUGCAGCCCCGAAGACAAGAACUCCGUUACUGCCAAACUGCUACUGGAGAAGAUUCAGUCAAGGAAAGUGGAGAGGAAACCCAGUGUGAGUGAGGAGGUGCUGGCCACCCCUAAUAAAGCCGGGCUCAAGCUCAAGGACCCCCCGCAAGGUUACUUUGGGCCCAAGCUCCCCCCAUCUCUUGGCAAUAAGCCUGUUCUUCCAUUGAUAGGGAAACUCCCAGCUACCCGAAAGCCCAACACCAAGAAAUGUGAAGAGUCUGGCUUAGAAAGGGGGGAAGAGCAAGAACAGUCAGAGACAGAAGAAGGGCCUCCAGGAAGUAGUGAUGCCCCACUUGGACAUCCGUUCCCCUCAGAGGAAACAGCUGGCCCCUUAUCAGACCCACCCCCAGAGGAGCCAAAGUCUGAAGAAGCUACUGCUGAUCACCCUGUGGCUCCACUAGGCACCCCAGUGCACUCUGACUGCUAUCCUGGGGACCCCACUGUCUCCCAUAACUACCUCCCUGACCCCAGCGACGGGGACACCCUAGAGUCCUUGGAUAGUGGCAGUCAGCCAGGCCCUGUGGAAUCCAGCUUGCUGCCUAUAGCGCCAGACCUUGAGCACUUCCCCAGUUAUGCACCUCCCAGUGGGGAUCCUAGUAUUGAGUCAGCUGAUGGGGCUGAGGAUGCUUCCCUGGCCCCCCUAGAGAGCCAGCCCAUCACCUUCACCCCUGAGGAGAUGGAGAAGUACAGCAAGCUCCAGCAGGCCGCACAGCAGCACAUCCAGCAGCAGCUUCUAGCCAAGCAAGUGAAGGCCUUUCCGGCCUCGGCUGCCCUGGCCCCAGCCACUCCAGCCCUGCAGCCUAUCCACAUUCAGCAGCCAGCCACGGCCUCCGCCACCUCCAUCACAACUGUUCAGCACGCCAUCCUGCAGCAUCACGCGGCUGCCGCCGCCGCCGCCAUCGGAAUUCACCCCCACCCUCAUCCCCAGCCACUCGCCCAAGUGCAUCAUAUUCCCCAGCCCCACCUGACCCCCAUUUCCUUGUCCCACCUCACUCACUCAAUCAUCCCUGGCCACCCAGCCACCUUCCUCGCUAGCCAUCCCAUCCACAUCAUUCCUGCCUCGGCCAUUCAUCCAGGGCCCUUCACCUUCCAUCCUGUCCCGCAUGCGGCCCUCUACCCGACCCUGCUUGCUCCUCGGCCUGCUGCAGCAGCUGCCACUGCCCUCCACCUUCACCCACUACUUCACCCCAUUUUCUCAGGUCAGGACCUGCAGCACCCGCCUAGCCAUGGCACAUGAGUUGGGGGAGGGGAGCCCAGGUAGGGCCAGGGAAGGUGACCCAUAUAUCUUCCCUCGGAGGUGUUGAGCCAUUAAUACCAGCAAGUAGAAGCUGGGAUGGGCAGUGUCUGACAGCCAAAGAAUCAAGUUUUGGCUUGCAGGGGUGGUUUUAGAUUUGAGGUUUUCUUUGGGUUUACUAUCAGGGAUUUUUUUUCCCUUCCCCGUUUCUGUUUGUCCCUCCCUCUCCUGUGUUUCUAAGCUAGG